CCCAAUCCCAAUAUCCACAUGCCUCCCUCUCCAUUGGACCACACCUCGCCUCUCCCCCAACCAAGACUCACGAGCCCCUGCUAGUCUCUGCAGCAUCGCCCGCCAUCAUCGAUUCCCCAGGAGAAAAAAAAUACUCUGACUUUUUUUAUUAAUUUGAGGAACGAGGAGCUGGGAGGAGAUUGGUCAGAUUACUCAAUCUUCACUGCAACUGCAGUCUCUCUUCUGAAGAAAAGAGGCCAAUCCGGACCAGCCUUUCCACAGUUCCUGGAAAUCCUCAGUCAGUGCGAGAAGCAGUUCGAUUCUCCUGAGCAGUUCAUCAUCACAACGGAGAGCCAGGGGCUUGUUCUUGGCUGCGGCACAGGUUCUUCUUUGAGCUGCUGCCGAUCUUCUUGGCCUGGAGCCAGUAACUGAUUAUCUUGGGGGAUUCUUGGCGAGCCGUGCCGGAUUGGGUGCCAUGCCAGCGUCGCAGUCGUCGAUGAGCGGCGCCGGGGAGGCGGGGGUGCGGACGGUGGUGUGGUUCAGGCGGGACCUCCGGGUGGAGGACAACCCGGCGCUGGCGGCGGCCGCGCGGCCGGCCGGGGAGGUGGUGCCGGCCUACGUGUGGGCGCCGGAGGAGGACGGGCCCUACUACCCCGGCAGGGUGUCCCGGUGGUGGCUCAGCCAGAGCCUCAAGCAUCUCGACGCCUCGCUCCGCCGGCUCGGCGCUAGCCGCCUCGUCACCCGCCGUUCCGCCGACGCCGUCGUCGCCCUGCUCGACAUCGUCCGCAGCACCGGCGCCACGCAACUCUUCUUCAACCACCUCUACGACCCACUGUCGCUGGUCCGGGACCACCGCGUGAAGGAGCUGCUGACGGCCGAGGGCAUCACCGUGCGGUCCUUCAACUCCGAUCUGCUGUACGAGCCGUGGGAAGUCCUCGACGACGACGGCUGCCCCUUUACCAUGUUCGCGCCAUUUUGGAACAGGUGCCUGUGCAUGCCCGACCCCGCAGCGCCACUGCUGCCGCCCAAGAAGAUCAAUUCAGGUGACUUGUCGAGGUGCGUAUCCGACGAGCUGAUCUUUGAAGACGAGUCCGAAAGGGGAAGCAAUGCGCUGCUGGCACGGGCCUGGUCACCGGGGUGGCAGAACGCUGACAAGGCGCUUACAGCUUUCCUCAAUGGCCCGUUGAUUGACUACUCCGUGAACCGCAAGAAGGCCGACAGCGCAAGCACCUCCCUGUUGUCCCCGUACCUGCACUUUGGUGAGCUCAGUGUCCGCAAGGUCUUCCACCAGGUCCGGAUGAAGCAGCUGAUGUGGAGCAAUGAUGGCAACCACGCUGGCGAGGAAAGCUGCACUUUGUUCCUUCGCUCCAUCGGCCUGCGGGAGUACUCGAGGUACCUCACCUUCAAUCAUCCCUGCAGCCACGAGAAGCCGCUCCUGUCGCACCUCAGGUUCUUCCCUUGGGUCGUCAACGAGGUAUACUUCAAGGUUUGGAGGCAGGGGAGGACCGGCUACCCUCUUGUCGACGCUGGCAUGAGGGAGCUCUGGGCAACAGGGUGGCUUCACGAUCGCAUACGUGUGGUGGUCUCUAGCUUUUUUGUCAAGGUGCUCCGGUUGCCAUGGCGCUGGGGGAUGAAGUACUUCUGGGACACCUUGCUGGAUGCUGACCUCGAGAGUGACGCCCUAGGUUGGCAGUACAUUUCUGGGUCCCUCCCUGAUGGCCGUGAGCUUGACCGCAUCGACAACCCUCAGUUUGAAGGGUACAAGUUUGACCCACACGGGGAGUAUGUCCGGCGAUGGCUACCAGAACUGGCGAGGCUGCCAACGGAAUGGAUACACCACCCCUGGGAUGCACCUGAGUCUGUGCUUCAGGCUGCGGGAGUUGAGCUAGGCUCCAACUAUCCUCGCCCCAUUGUUGAGUUAGAUGAAGCCAAUUCCAAGUUACAGGGUGCCCUGUCAGAAAUGUGGGAGCUUGAGGCGGCCUCUCGGGCUGCGAUGGAAAAUGGAAUGGAAGAAGGUCUUGGCGACUCCUCGGAUGCGCCACCGAUUGACUUCCCUCAAGAAUUACAGAUGGAAGUGGACCGACAGCCGGUCCGACCUACCCAGACACCGAUGAUGGCAGGUCGGAGACGAGAAGAUCAGAUGGUGCCUAGCAUGACUUCCUCAUUCAUUAGAGCUGAAACAGAACUCACUGCGGAUUUUGGCAACAUUAGCGAGGACAGUAGGCCGGAGGUGCCAUCAAACAUGCAUUUGCAGCCUCGAAUGGAGAGAGAAGAAACGGUUGACGGUGGCGCUGGCAAUGGUGUGAGGAUGAACGGCAAUUAUCAUCAGCAAAACCUACAGAACAACACACGCCGGGUGCUAGGUGUUGCUCCAUCGGUUUCAGAGGCAUCGAGCAGCUGGACGGGCAGAGAAGGUGGGGUGGUACCGGUCUGGUCACCACCGGCAGCUUCAGGACAUUCUGAUCCUUAUGCUGCCGAUGAUGCUGACAUUUCCAGUAGGAAUUAUUUGGACAGGCACCCACAAUCACAUACGAUGAUGAACUGGAGCCAGCUCUCGCAGUCAUUGUGAGUUCAGAUGCACGGACAACAGGGUGGGAAGUGGAUAAAUGAUGCCGUGUGACCGGAUUUAAUUCAUUAGGAGUUUGGAAGAGAGAAUUACAUAUGUAAAUUAUCACAUUCUGUUCAUCUAUAGUCUUGGUGUGCAUCCAAGUCAUCAGUCAUGCAGCUUCCUGGAUGCAAUAAUGGUUAUGUGAAGCUAGUACUAUAGAACUUUGUGGUAUAGGUGCUAGUUGUCCACGAGAUCUGUAUUAUUCAUCAGAAAGGAGUUAUUCUAGCAUCAGGUUUAUUUUCUAUCUGGUUAUUGUAGUCA